AUGCAGAGACACAGAAAGGUGUUUGGUGCCAUCUGCCCCAACCAAAUGGGCCAACAGGGGAGAAGAGCUGCAGUCAGCAAAAAGGGCAAGGUGCUGGUGCCAAGAAGCAGCAGUCCAGUCUCUGUGCACGUGGAGCUCCCCUGCGACAUCGAACAAGCUUUUUCAACAAUUGCAUGGGACGAUUUGGAAGACUGCGCGUCUGUAGUGAGAAGAGAGAGCGACCCCCUCGGCUCUCAGGUGAAUGAAUCUGAUGCAGAUGACCAAGACUUUGGGGAUUAUGCUCUGGAUUUCAUGGCAGAUUCUCCUGCCACUUUGGAGAGCAGCCUGUCUCCAGCUGAACUGGUGUCAUUUCAGGGAUGUGUCAUACCUCCCCUCACCCCUCAGCGCUACUUCUCUCCAGAGGACAGCUUGGUUCACUCCACCACAGAAGCAGGCAACCCACCUGCCCAAGAUGGAGCUCUGUGGAAGGGCCUCACCCAGUGCCAAGGCAGGGCGUUGGGCAAUUCCAUAGAAUUCAACAAUCAGCUCCAUCAGACUCUUCACAGAAAACAGGAAGAGAUCGACUCCCUUCAGGAGAGAAACCUUCACCUCAGGCAGCUGGCCAGCCGUGCAAAGCACCUGGCUUCAGUGCUUGAAAAACUGAUGACAGUCAGGGACCCACAUGUGAGAGAGCCAGCAUUGCCUUGCCGUGAUAAAACCUCACUGAGUCCCUGCAAGCGGCAGCGGCUGGAUGAAGGAUACGAAACAGAGUCCUCCGACUCAGUGGAGGACAUGCUGAGGGACAUCAGCAGCCGCUGCAAUGCUGUCCUGCACGGCGCUGCUACAGGAACAAGACUACAGCAGGAACCAGAGACCAUACGCAUGUAUGGCGCAUUCUCGGGCCUGCAGACGUCUUUUUCCAAAGACAGCAGCGUGGUGAGGGACGGAGCAGAGCCUGAACAGAGCGUCUCGUCUUUCAGAACCUCUGUUAGAGAACACUGCACCAUAAGGACUCAGGUGUUCCCUCAUGGACGCGCCUUCACCUCGAGGACUCAGCAAGGAGGAUACCGCUUUCGCUGGGUUCCCAACCACAGCUGA